UAGCUGCCAUUUGAUAAGUAACUUAUAUCCAGACAAUUCAACAGUGAACCAUUUGACGCGAGCGCGCGAGGAAUUCCAUUGACUGCUCAGAUCCACGGUUCGGACCGUCUUCUGAUUGGUCGAGCCUGUCGAGGUCUGUCAUCGCUGACCAAUGAGAACGUUCGGGGGGAAGGCCCAUGCAAAUGAGCUCUCCUGGCUGGCGUUCCUGCGCUGCCCAUUGCCAGUAAAAGCGCUUCGCUGCCGAGAGAUUCAUUCACAACGCAUCAUCCUUUCCACUGCGAGCGGCGUCCUGGAUUUUGGAAGAACACUUUCUCUUUAAACAGCUACAGCUACAGUGUUAUAGAACUGAGUGCAUGUACUUUUUAUACAGUUAAAGACUGAAAGCGAAAGCGCUGGCGUCAGGUGCGCGGUUUGCAAGGUGCGCAACUUUACGCACACUUUCGAAAGGAUACGCGAGCGCAAGAUCGUCCUCUCUUGAUGGCACCUGCUGAAAGAGCAACAACGUCUCCAUAAACUGUCUUGAGUUCGGUUCAGACUGAACGGCACGGUUUGCGCCUCACCAAACGGAUAGUAAGACGCGCAAACUUUCCACGUCGCGCUUGAGCUAAUACCCUUGAUCCGUCUGAUCAGCUGCUCGUCUGGAGCCCUGGAUCCUGACUCUGACUGAGAGGCUGUUCAAAAGAUACCAAAUGGUUUUUCUUUGGGACGCCAAAUACGAACCUGCGCCUGGGCGACGCUUCACGCCUCCCUCGACCACCCUGAGCUCGGGGAAGAUGAAUGAGGGGUUGCCCCUGGGGGCUCAGGAGAGCAGCGGCGCCGCCCUGAUGGGCAAACUGCGCAUAGCUGACCGGAGCAUGGUGGAGGUGCUUUCCGACCACCCAGGAGAGCUGGUGCGCACCGACAGCCCCAACUUCCUCUGCUCCGUCCUGCCAACACAUUGGCGCUGCAACAAGACACUGCCCAUCGCCUUCAAGGUGGUUGCCCUCGGUGACAUCCCUGAUGGCACUUUGGUCACAGUGAUGGCCGGCAAUGAUGAGAAUUACUCUGCCGAACUCCGCAAUGCCACAGCCGCCAUCAAGAAUCAAGUGGCUCGUUUUAAUGACCUGCGUUUCGUUGGCCGCAGUGGACGAGUCAACACGCCCCCCUUCAGCAGCCCCGCCCACAGCCAGAUUUCCGAUUCUAGGCAGAUGCAGACGUCUCCGUCCUGGUCGUAUGAGCAGUCGUACCCUUACCUGGGUCCCAUCUCCACCCCAGCGGUUCACCCCACCACACCCAUCUCCCCCAGCCGCAGCGCUAUACACUGUCCAGAUCUGACGGCGUUCACUGACCCUCGCAUGGGUCUGGAGCGUUCCUUCCCAUCGCUGCCCUCGCUCCCAGACGGCCGUUUCUCGGACCCGCGUAUGCCGUAUCCCACCGGAGCAUUCACAUACACACCCACGCCCGUCACCAGCGCCAUCGGCAUCGGCAUGUCGGCCAUGAGCAGCCCGGCGGGCCGCUAUCACACGUACUUACCCCCGGCGUACCCCGCGGGCUCCUCGCAGGCUCAGGCCGGCCCCUUCCAGCCCGGCUCGUCCCCGUAUCACCUGUACUACAGCAGCGCCGCCGGAUCCUACCAGUUCUCCAUGAUGCCAGCCGGAGGAGGAGGAGGAGAGCGCUCGCCCCCGCGCAUCUUACCGCCCUGCACCAACGCCUCCACAGGCUCCGCCCUCCUGCACCCCUCGCUGCCCAAUCAGAGCGAGGUGCUGGUGGAGGCCGAAGGAAGCCACAGCAGUUCGCCAACCAGCCUGUCAGUGGAAGCCGUCUGGAGGGUGCUUAAUCUCGCUCUCUCUAAUAAUUAG